AUGGAAAUGGGUCGUCGAGAUUUGAAACGUGGAGGAACCAAGAAACAAUCUGGAUCUGGGUUUUCUUCAAAAUCCAAGAAAGGAAUGUUGAAGAAACUGAAUUCGAGUAGUAGCCACAAGAAACAAGAGAUGAGUAGUUACAGCUAUGAUGAUUUUUGUCCUUCAGAUUUAGAAAAUGAGGUUUCAAGGAAGAAGAAAUCUAAGCUUCUAAAAAAGAAUUUGAAGAACAGUAGUAAUGGUGUGGAUCAUGCCUCUGUACCACGGAAGCUUCGUUCAGCCAUGAAGAAGCGGAAUCUUGAUUCUGUUUCUAAGUUAUCCUCUGCUUCAAAGAGACUUAACCAGUCGAAAACCGGAAUUGAAUCUUUUAAGAUGGAUUUGAUAAAGAAGGAGGAACAAGAAAUGGAAGCAAAAGGUAUUGUUUCUGAGUCGAUGAUGAUUUCGAAAGACGAGAAAGAAGUUGCAGAGACGUUAUACGGUUUAGCUGGAAUGUUUACUGAGACUGACUCUAUUGAUAAAAAGAUUUGUGAUCCUUUGUCUAAUGAGAAAGAAACCAGCAAGGUUGAUUCAAGCUUGAUUAUGGAAUCCAACUUUACAAAAGCCGAAUCAGUUCUCUUUUCAGCCAAAACUAAUCUGAUUGAUGAAAUGCCGUUAGAGCAAUCCGAUAAACCGCGAAGCUCAACGGGAAUGGUUGAUUUCAUUGAUAGAUUGAAGCAGAGCAGCUUCGUGAAUGCAACUGAUUUAUCAUCCGCAAGAGCCAUGGAAACAAAGGUUGCAACAAGUGAAAGCAACGGUCUUGCAUUAUGGCCUGGUCUAUCUUCAACAGUUCAAUCUUGUUCUCAAGUUCUUUCAAAGCCAUUAUCUGUAAAGCUUCCACCUUGGAUGGAUCAAGCUGUUUCUCCUUCCAAGAAUGCUUCAGUUUUGAAUGAACCGUUAAGAAUCCAGCCGAGAAAGUUGAAGAAAUGUGCCUCUCACAUUUACAUUUCCCGGCUCAUUAAAGUAUUACAGAACAGUAAGAGUAGUCCCGCGACACUCCAGCAAAUCGAGCAAAGAUCUUCAGAAAUGUCAGAACGCAUACUCCCUGACCCGGUGACUACCAUUAGUGACUUCAAAACAAUGGUUUCUCCACCAAAGAGGUACCAAAACCCGUAUAUGCUCGAUUUACACAGGACAUAUAAUGCAAAACCUGUGCAAGAAGACAUUACUCCGAUAGCUCUCGAGCUCUACGGACCGAAUACUUCACAGAAACAGGGCUACGAUUUCUUAUCUCUCUCGUCUUCUGGAGCAUCUCAAUCUCAUUUCCAACUUCAAAACUCAUUUCCACAGUAUCCUAUCUCUGCAGCUUACAAUAGCCACCUCUCACCUUCAACUUCUAGCCAUCAAAUUUCUCCUUAUCUACCAAGUCGAUACCAAACCGCUUACAACGCGAACCAGCAGCAGCAACAACAGCUUCAAAAAAGGCUAUGGGCUGCUUCUCAGUACAGACAAACAAAUGGGAACACCACGCAAUCAUCGAACCAGUACAGUAAACCAAACCUCUCCUUAAACCUGGCUAGUAUUCAACCUCUACACGUUGGUUCUUCGUCAAGGUACAACAACAAUGUAUCUCAACAACAACAGCAACAUCGUCUCAUGGCUGCAGCAAUGUCAAUGAGCCAUCACCAUAACAACAACAAUCCUUCGCGGACGGUGCUGAACAGACAAGAACACCAUUUCCCACUAAUCUAUGAAGAUACAAGAACACCAUUGCAACUACUUUGCAACGAGCAUUCGUGA